GACGGAGCACACACACACACAACACAUGAUAUAGCAAAUUGAAGCAACAAUGGGUGAGGAGGCAAAUGUUCCGUUGCUGGUACCGGCCAACAACGGUGAUGAUGAUCACCUCAGACUCACCGUCAUCCAUGGUGAUCAGGGGAAAACUGCUGCAGGGGACACGGGGCUGCUGCCGGCGGCGUCGUCGGCGUCGGCGUGGCCAUGGGCGGAGGUGAAGGGGCAGCUGGCCUUCGCGGCGCCCAUGGUGGCCACCAGCAUGGCCUACUACGCCAUCCCGCUCGUCUCCGUCAUGUUCGCCGGCCGCCUCGGCGACCUGCAGCUCGCCGCCGCCACGCUCGGCAACUCCUGGGGCACCGUCACCGGCAUCGCGCUCAUGACCGGGCUGAGCGGUUCGCUGGAGACGCUGUGCGGGCAAGGGUACGGGGCCAAGGCGUACCGGACGAUGGGCGUGCACCUGCAGGCGUCGCUGCUCACCUCCGCGCUGGCCUCCGCCGUCGUCUCCCUCCUCUGGAUCUACUCGGAGCCGCUGCUGGUCUUCCUCCGCCAGGACCCGGAGACGUCGCGCCUGGCCGCGGACUUCCUCCGCCACUCCGUCCCGGCGCUGUUCGCCUACGGCUUCAUCCAGUGCGCGCUCCGCUUCCUGCAGGCGCAGUCCGUGGUGGCGCCGCUCGUCGCCUUCUCGCUGCUCCCGCUGGCGGCGCACGUCGGCGUCGCGCACGCGCUCGUCAACGUGCUCGGCAUGGGCUUCGCCGGCGCCGCCGUGGCCACGUCCGCCUCGCUCUGGCUGUCUUUCCUCAUGCUCGCGGCGUACGUCAUGCUGUCCGCCAGGUUCAGGGAGACGUGGCCGGGGUUCACGACCGAGGCGUUCCGGCACGUCCUGCCCGGAAUGAAGCUCGCCAUUCCGUCAGCGGUCAUGGUCUGCUUCGAGUACUGGUCGUUCGAGAUCCUUGUGCUGUUUGCAGGGCUGAUGCCUGACUCUCAGCUCAGCACUUCCAUCAUUGCCAUGUGCCAAAACACCGAAGCCAUAUCAUACAUGAUCACCUAUGGCUUCGCCGCUGUCAUCAGCACAAGGGUAUCCAACGAGCUGGGAGCCCGGAACAUCGCCAACGCCAAGAAGGCGCUCACCGUGUCGCUGACGCUGUCCCUGAUGCUGGGGGUGGCGUUCCUGCUGCUCCUGGGCCUCGGCCAUGACCUCUGGGUGCGCCUCUUCACCACCAGCGAGGUCGUGGUCAGCGCCUUCGCCUCCAUGACACCGCUGCUCAUCGGCUCCGUCGUGCUGGACUCCACGCAGGGGGUGCUCUGCGGCGUCGCCAGGGGCUGUGGGUGGCAGCACCUGGCGGCGUGGACCAACCUGGUGGCCUUCUAUGUCAUCGGCUUGCCGCUCGCCAUCCUCUUCGGAUUCACGCUCGGCUUCCAAACCAAGGGGCUGUGGAUGGGGCAGAUAUGCGGCCUCCUCUGCCAGAACUGCGUCCUCUUUUUCAUCACCCUGCGAACCAACUGGGAGGAGUUAGACCUGACCAUGUUCAACAAGGACAACGAUUUUGUCUGCUAGGAAUCCAGAAAGAGUUUUUCUUUUCUUUUUUGCCAUGUGCUGUUGCUGAAAUGUUGAACCAUCAGCAACAGGCUUCGACAGAGCUGCCUGGUAUGUUUGCUCAUCAGCCAUCAUCAAUUCAUCAUCAGUGUGUAACAUUACAGAUUGUACCUGUAGUAAUACAAUACACAGGAAUUGAAGAUGCAUGCGUCCAUCAAUCCCUCAAGACUCUCUUCCUAGCUAGACAGUAUCCACCACUAAGAGAAACAUGUCUAAUUCCUACCAAGGACUGGACACCCUAGCUCUAGGUGAUGUGUAACUUCCAAAGACGACGUCCUUCAUUCACUCCAGAGCUCAGUGGUCUCAUGUUUCUUGAG